AUGAACAAUUUCUGGGAUCAAAUUCGACGGUCUCAGGAUGAAGAUGAUGAAGAGAUGAUGGCCGCCAACGCCAUUGUCAUCGCUGCAGUGGCAGAAGAAUCUGGAAACCAACACCGAGGGCGCGGUUCUCAUCCGGGUCGUGCACCAAAUGAGGAACCACUUAGAGAAGAAAGGGGCAAAGGUAUGUUGGCCGACUACUUUGUCGACCGGCCAGUGUUCAAAGAUCCGGUGUUCCGAAUACGUUACAGGAUGAGUCUCAAUCUCUUCAAGCGUAUAUCUACUGACCUUUGCCAGUAUGAUCGUUACUUUAUUCAAAGGUCAGAUGCUACCGGCAAAGUCGGACUGCUUCCGGAGCAGAAGAUGACAACUGCCUUGCGAAUGCUUGCUUACGGUGCAGGGGCAGAUCAAUGUGCUGAGUAUUGUCGGAUGGCGAAAUCCACCUCCGUCGCAGCCCUUCAGCACUUUACACGAGGAAUUGUUGAUCUUUACUCAGCAGAAUACCUCCGCGCUCCUACUGCAACCGACCUCAGACGACUUCUUGCCAAAGCUGAGAGGAGAGGUUUUCCAAGAAUGAUUGGGAGCAUCGACUGUAUGCAUUGGCAAGGGAAGAAUUGUCCGACAGGUUGGGCUGGAGAAAAUAGUGGUAGGAAACAGAUCCCCACUAUCAUCCUGGAAGCAGUCGCAUCUUACGACACCUGGAUUUGGCACGCAUUCUUUGGAAUGCCCGGGGCAUGCAACGACCUGAACGUCUUGGCAAAGUCUCCGUUGUUUGAUGAGCUUACCGCCGGUAUAGAACCUCUGAUCAAAUUCCAAGUUAACAACAGAGCUCACAGUCUAGGAGAAGCUGCUCGUGGGUGGCAUAAAGAGGACAUUCGAUACAUUAUGUUGACGUGUAUUAUAUUACACAACAUGAUUGUCGAAAAUGAACGACCUGAAGACAGCGAUGAUGAGUUGGAGUCCGAUGAUGAGGAGGAUAACAAUAUGAGGCCCAGGAUUGCUGAGGUAUGGGAGGGACCAACCGGUAGAGACUUUGAUCCUGUUGGUAGAGAUGCUCAUCAUAUGAACGGAUUCAUGGACCGCUACCAACAAAUUAGAUCUGAGCACAGUCACUCCAACCUUCAGGAAGACCUCAUUCAACACUUUUGGGAAUUUCAAGGCAAUAGGAGUAUCUAG